AUGCACCUUACUAUAUUUCGGGGUCCUGGUUAUUUAUUGUCCGAAGCGUUUUCAACGAUUCCAAGAUCUUCAAAAGAACAUGAAGAGUUAGACAAUUUGAACAACAAUUUUAAAGAAAGAUUAGAAGAAUUAAAAACGACAACAGACAUGUCACAAAAAAAAGGAAAAAAGAAAGUAACAGAUUUAUCGGACGAUGAUGAUGAAGAACAGAAAAAUGAAAACAAAAAGCGUGUAAUUCUUUUAUUGUAUAAUACGAAAUUAUCAUCAUGGUACGUAAAGCACCUGGUGUUCGGUUUUGUAUAUGAUGGCUUUGAUGGUAAUGAAACUGCCACUGGAAUAGAAUGGAUACCUUAUGACAGAUUUUAUGAUAUUAAAUAUAUUGCAGAAGGUGGGUUUGGCAAAGUCUAUAGAGCAAACUGGAUUGAUGGACCUAUAGAAAGACUAUUUUCGUGGGAUGAUAAAAACGAAAAUUGGAAUAGAAUAGAUCAAAAUGGAUUUGUAGCUCUGAAAAGCCUAAAUAAUUCAAAAAAUAGUACAUUUGAAUUUUUGAAAGAGGAAGUAUAUGAUAAAUAUAAAAUGAUUGAAACAGAAAUACGAGAACAGGCUAAAGAAUCGGAAGAAACUAAUAAUAGCAAUAAAUCAUCGACUAGUGCUAUUCCUUCAACUAGUUUAGGAAUAUCAUAUGAAAUACAUCCAGAAGCCAUUUAUACAAGUAGAUUACUUAAUUUUAGUAUUAAUCUUCCAGAACCAAAAAAUUCAGAAGAACGAUACAGGUAA